GACAUUAUUGGUGUUUUUUUCAGCAAUGAAUUAUAAUAUUCUUACUACCUCUUAAUUUCUUUAUAUGCCAAAACCAUCUAGUUAUACCUGCUCAUUCUCCACUGCAAACACAGCUAGAGCAAGAAAAACCAUAUCCAUGGCAGCAACAGCGAUAUCGGCCAAUGACAAACCGUAUGACCGUCUCAAAGAUAUGAAAGCAUUCGAUGAAUCAAAGGCCGGAGUGAAGGGCCUUGUCGAUUCGGGCAUCACCUCCAUUCCUCCCUUCUUCAUCCACCCACCUGACAGCCUAUCAACCAUAGUCCCAACUUCCUCCAAUCCUAACAUCAUUCCCACCAUCGAUCUCUCCGGUGUUGACUCGGACAAAAGGCCUGUGCUAGUCCAACAAGUAGCACAUGCCUGUCGCGAGUUGGGUUUCUUUCAGAUUGUCAAUCAUGGGAUUCCAUUGAAGGUCAUGGAAAACAUGAUUGGAGCUGUUAAGUCAUUUCACGAGCAGCCCACGGAGAUCAAGUCACGCAUAUAUAGUAGAGAUUUGAAUCGCAGUGUACAUUUUAGUUCUAACAUUGACUUGUUUUACUGCAAAGCUGCAACUUGGAGAGAUACUCUGCAUGUUAUGCCAUCUCUUAGCAAUUUUGAGCCAGAGGAAAUCCCAGAGAUAUGCAGAAAUGAGGUGGAGGAGUGGGAUAAAGAGGUCAAACAGGUGGGAGAGGUGUUGAUGGAGUUACUGUGCGAGGGUUUGGGAUUGGAAAAAGGAAAGUUGAAGAAGAUGAUGUUCUUAGAAGGAAGAACAAUGCUGUGCCACUACUCUCCAUAUUGUCCUCAGCCUGACUUAACUUUUGGAGCUGUAUCUCAUACAGAUGCCGCGGUAUUGACGAUACUUCUGCAAGGUCACGUAGGUGGGUUGCAAAUGAAGCACAAUGGAGAAUGGGUGGAUGUUAAGCCUGUUCCGGGAGCUCUUCUUAUCAAUGUCGGCGACAUACUUCAGGUUCUUAGUAAUGAUGAGUACAAGAAUGUAGAGCACAGAGUGUUGGCUAACUCUUACCACGAACCGCGGGCUUCAGUUGUAACUUUUUUCAACGCUAGCAACAUCGAUGACUUGUAUGGACCAUUUGAGGAAUUAGUAUCAACAGAAAAGCCAGCUUUGUAUCAGGCAUUCUCGUUAUCAGAUUCUAAGAAGAGAUUCGUGGUAGGAGAACCUUUGAAUAAUCACUAUAGGCUUUAAGCCAUAUAAAUUUUCAAAGCUUGUAGCUUUUUGCAGAUCUCAAAGAGACUCUGGGCCCAAGGGUCUCAACGCAUAAUUAUGCUUUUUAGAAUUUGUAAUAUUAAAAUUUCGAACUAGGCUUGGUUCGCUCAUGGUAGGUUUUGACUAGACCUAACUGAACGAACCAGUGGUUCUAAUUAAUGUACUUCAUGCGAACGAACUGUGUGCGUCUCUUCGACUCUUCAUGAGUGAUCAUCAUGUAAAUAAAUAAGAAUGUUUUUGGUUGUGGGAAUUUA